GGAAGAGGUGGCGGUCGGGGGAGCCGCGGAGCUCCCUGCGAGCCGGCGGAGUUACCGCUGCCCGUGUUACUAUGCGUGUGUCUUGUGUUACAGCCAUGCUGCACAUCGACGGCCAGAGCGAGGGGCGCGGGGAGGAAAAGGCUGUUUACACAGACUGCAAACCGCCCGGGGAAUAGUGCGGGAGAGGAAGUGAGCCGGGCCGCUGUCUGACUGCCCCGGCUUCCUGCUCGCUCCCUCACACGGGCAGGCGCUCACACACACACACACACACACACACGCACCGGCCCAAGGGACACAAAAAAGAGAGAGAGAAAAAAGGGAAAAAAAUCAGGAUCUCAUUACUAGAGCAACAGAGCGUCUGCAGAAGACUGUCAGCAUGGAGAACCGGGGGAUUUUACCCAGCUCCCUCUAAACUACCAGGAGAGAGCGGAAAAGUCCCUCAGCCGCUGGGUAUGGAGAGUGCAAUCACACUGUGGCAGUUCCUUUUGCAGUUGCUGCUAGACCAGAAACAUGAGCACCUGAUUUGCUGGACGUCUAAUGAUGGCGAAUUCAAGCUACUCAAGGCAGAAGAAGUGGCUAAGCUGUGGGGACUCAGAAAAAACAAAACUAAUAUGAAUUAUGACAAGCUGAGCCGAGCGCUCAGAUACUAUUAUGACAAGAACAUCAUCAAGAAAGUGAUCGGACAAAAAUUUGUAUACAAGUUUGUCUCCUUUCCUGAGAUUUUAAAAAUGGAUCCACAUGCUGUGGAAAUCAGCAGAGAGAGCCUUUUGCUGCAGGACAGCGACUGUAAGAUGCCUUCUGAGAGCAGGGAUCAGCACAAACACAGCUUGUCAGCACUGAAAAGCACGAGCCGUAAUGAAUAUAUCCACUCUGGCCUGUACUCCUCUUUCACUAUCAACUCUCUGCAGAACCAGCCAGACCCUUACAAGCCAAUCAAAACAGAAAAACUGGAGGAGAAGUCAGAAGGAAACAUACCAGUCGAAGAAGUUCGGACUGUUAUCAGAUUUGUGACAAACAAAACAGACAAACAAGUUACGAGGCCUGUGGUGUCAUUGCCUUCUACUUCUGAAACAGCAGCUGCCUCUGCUUUCCUCAGCUCUUCAGUAUCAGCUAAAAUAUCUUCCUUAAUGCUACCCAACAGUGCCAGCAUUUCAUCUCCAUCAUCAUCUUCCUCCAGGUCGCCUUCUCUGUCUCCCACCUCACCCCUCCCUACAGAACACAGGAGCUUCUUCCUUGAGUCCAGUUGCCAUGACUCAGAUUCCCUUGAGCCUCUGAACCUCUCCUCAGGCUCCAAGGCAAAAUCUUCAUCUCUUCCCCCAAAGGCUAAAAAACCCAAAGGCUUGGAAAUUUCUGCCCCACCUAUGGUUCUCUCCAGCACCGACAUUGGUUCCAUCGCCCUCAACAGCCCUGCGCUUCCUUCGGGAUCCCUGACUCCAGCUUUCUUCACUGCACAGACCCCCAAUGGAUUAUUGCUGACCCCCAGCCCGCUGCUGUCUAGCAUUCAUUUCUGGAGCAGCCUCAGUCCUGUUGCUCCUCUGAGUCCUGCCAGGCUGCAGGGACCAAACACUCUCUUCCAGUUUCCAACUCUGCUAAAUGGUCACAUACCAGUGCCACUCCCCAGUCUGGACAGAGCCUCUUCACCAGUACUGCUUUCUCCAAAUGCUCAGAAAUCCUGAUGAUGCCUCAUCAUGCCAAGGAUGUACUGGUGGAUUUAACACUUCAUUCCUAUGGGCUAGUUUUUCCUGUGUUAUGAGAAGGACAUUGUGAAACCCUUUAUUACUUCGGUUUGCACUUUUCAUUACAUGGAUAAUCUACUUUUAUUAUGUUAGCAUUUUUCAACAGUGUUUAUAUAUAAAAGUAUAUAUAAAUCUGUUAUGCAUUAAAUGAAUUAUAAUUUUUUAUAUCAUAGCUCUCAAGUGUUGAACACUUCUGUUGUUGAAGUCCUUUUCUUAAUGUUUUGCAACAAUGUAUCUAAUAGGGAUGUGAAGCUUCUUUUUAAUCCCUUUUUCUGCAUAUUAUGCAUUGUGCUUGUGUAAACUAUAACCGGCUGUGCCUUCUUUUGCAUAAAGUCAUGUAAAUGAUUUAUAUAUUUUCUAGUAUUAAGAUAAAAAGUUGAAAGAAAAAAAAUAGUAUUGAACAGCCCUAUGAUAGUAUUUCAGUAUUUUCUCCACGGAUAGGCCAUAUGAUGCAGUGUAUUAAUGUAACUUUGUAUUAAGUGCUUUCAAAUUGUAUAAAAAUAGCCUUAUAAUUUUUGUUUGCUGAAGAAAUGAAAAACGUAAUCCAUGUUACAGUCAGGAGAUGUAGUUAGGAGUAACAAAGUCACACUUAUGCCCAGGUUCUUCUGGCGAGUUGCAACAGGGAAGAACUGGGCUGUGUAUGUUUGAGACAUUUCCAGCAUUUGAGAAUACUUCUGUAGAAAAGGAGACAUUGCUCAAAAUUUAUUUGGCCUAUACUUCUUAUGAACUGUCAACAGUACAGCUGGAAAGACUGCAGGUAACCUCUGUCCUCCUAGGGAAUGAGGAUCAUUCCUGACAGAGAAUUUCCAGGUGCUUUGUUCAGCCCUGCCAAGUGCCUUCUACUACUUACCUGAAAGAUUAUUGUAGCUACUCAAGCUCAGAAGGUCACAUUUCCCCUUCCCCCAAAGCUGGAAAAGUUACAGGUCUGUAAAUUAAUGCCUGGUCCUUGCAAAGAGGCAGAGACUGUACAUGCGGGAUGUUUAUGUAUAAACAGCUGAAUUCUGGAUGAAAAAACAGCACUGUGUUACUAUAUAUUUGCAACUUGAACUUUCUGGAUAUGUUCUCUGCCUUGAGGUGAUGGCUUAGUCAUCUAAAUGUCAGGUUAGGAUUAGGCCAGACUCCCUGGCACCACAGAUUCUAAUCUUGGCAGGGCUGAUGCAAAUCUUCAUUUUUCUGAGGUGGCUAAAUUGGGUUGAAUGCAGCUUUACCAUGUAGGUUUUUUAGAUGAGACCUUCAAAAACCAAACCAAAAUCAGAAUCCUGUUUGCGACAGGUCAUUAGAGCCUCUACUUUGCUUUCUGGCCAAAAGACCGUUCUUUGAAAUGUAUGCAGUGAGUUGUCUGCUGAUUUUCUGCUUGGAUGCAUUUCAGUGAUGAUGUGUGUAGUUAAUUGUAAAGUGCUUUUGGAUCCUUCAACCUGAAAGGUGCUAAAUAAACAUUUUAUUAAUGCA